AUGUCGCGCAGGCGGCACCGGGACGAGAACUAUGUAGAACAACAGCACAAGAGAAGAAGAACAUCUGAAACACUUGACGUUGCGGAGACAUUGGAAUACUUAAUAAGCGCAUUGGAAGAAGAGAGUUCUUUUUCUUUGGACUGUAACUUAGAGGACACGACUGAGGUGUUGGAGGCAAAUCUGCCAAACUUCAAAAGCAAAAUACUGAAACUCCUUUGUACAGUUGCACAUCUGCUACCACAAAAGAUGACCCUUUACACAACUCUUGUUGGCUUGCUGAAUGCCAGGAACUACAAUUUUGGUGGAGAGUUUGUAGAAGCGAUGAUACGUCAGCUGAAAGAAUGUUUGAAAGUUAACCUGUACAAUGAAGCUGUCUAUUUAGUCCGCUUUCUUUCUGAUCUUGUGAAUUGUCACGUAAUAGCUGCACCCUCAGUGGUAGCCAUGUUUGAGAAUUUCGUUAGUGUGACGCAGGAAGAGGAUGUACCUCAGGUGCGAUGUGACUGGUACGUGUAUGCGUUUCUGUCAUCCUUACCUUGGGUGGGCAAGGAGCUCUAUGAGAAAAAGGAUACUGAAAUGGAGCAGAUCUUGUCUACUGUUGAAAACUAUCUGAAACGGCGUCAGAAGACUCACAUGGCCAUGCUGCAAGUUUGGUCCGUUGAUAAACCACAUCCACAAGAAGAGUACUUAGAUUGCCUUUGGGCUCAGAUUCAGAAAAUGAAGAAGGACCACUGGCAAGAGAGGUACAUUCCGAGGCCAUACCUGGCAUUCGACAGCGUGCUUUGUGAAGCACUGCAGCACAACCUGCCUCCUUUUACACCCCCACCCCACACCGCAGAUUCCGUUUACCCGAUGCCAAGAGUCACCUUCCGAAUGUUUGACUACACUGAUGAUCCUGAAGGCCCAGUUAUGCCUGGAAGCCACUCUAUUGAAAGAUUUGUGAUCGAAGAACAUCUUCACUGCAUCAUCAGAUCCUUUUGGAAAGAGAGAACAACAUGUGCUGUCCAGUUAACAAGCUAUCCAGGAAACCACAAGAUCCCUCUGAAUUACCACAUUGUUGAGGUAAUUUUUGCUGAGUUGUUUCAGCUUCCUGUUCCGCCUCACAUGGAAAUCAUGUACACUACGCUGUUUAUUGAACUCUGUAAACUUCAGCCUGGAUCUUUACCUCAAGUUCUUGCACAAGCUACAGAAAUGCUGUACAUGCGCUUAGAUACAAUGAAUACUAUCUGCAUAGAUAGGUUCAUUAAUUGGUUUUCCCACCAUCUUAGUAAUUUUGAAUUCCGUUGGAGCUGGGAAGAUUGGUCAGAUUGUCUUUCUGAGGAUCUUGACAGACUCAGGCCUAGGUUCGUAAAAGAAGUACUAGAAAAAUGCAUGAGGCUUUCCUACCAUCAGCGAAUAAUAGAUAUUGUUCCUGCUAGUUUUUCAGUCUUGACUCCUGCAAAUCCAAUGUGUAUUUAUAAAUAUGGAGAAGAAAGCAACAAAUCUCUUCCUGGAUACAGCGUUGCACUCUCCUUAAACGUUGCCAUCAAAAAUAAAGCAAGUAAUGAUGAAAUUUUCACCAUUUUGAAGGAUGUGCCCAAUCCUAAUCAGGAUAACGAUGAUGAAGGCUUCUCAUUCAAUCCUUUAAAAAUAGAAGUUUUUGUCCAGGCACUAUUGCACUUAGCGUCAAAGUCAUUCAGUCACUCCUUCAGUGCUCUGGGAAAAUUUCGAGAAAUCCUCAAAACUCUGGCUGAAAGUGAUGAAGGAAAGCUUCACGUUCUCAGAAUUAUGUAUGAAGUAUGGAAAAAUCAUCCUCAGAGAAUUAUGAUUCUGAAAUUUCUGUUCAGAGGGAAGAUUAGGAGAUUUUAUAUUUGGGAGAUCUUGCACUCUACCAUUCGUAAGAUGAACAAGCAUGUGAUGAUGAUCCAAAAGGAGCUAGAAGAAGCCAAAGAAAAAUUAGCCAAGCAGCAGAAAAGACGGGAUGAUGUCCGAAGCAAUGAGAGGGGAAAUUGGCCCCUUGAAGAGCAAAUUGAACGUUUGCAAGAAAAAGUUGAAUCAGCUCAAAGUGAACAAAAAAACCUCUUCCUUGUAAUAUUUCAGCGUUUCAUUAUGAUCCUAACAGAGCAUUUAGCACGAAGUGAAGCAGGAGGCAUUGAUGUAACUACACCUUGGUACAAGAACUGUAUAGAGAGGCUGCAGCAGAUCUUCUUACAGCAUCAUCAGACCAUCCAACAGUACAUGGUGACCUUGGAGAACCUUCUAUUCACAGCAGAAUUGGAUCAUCACAUAUUAGCUGUAUUUCAGCAGUUCUGUGCACUCCAGGGCUGAGUAACUUUUUUUUUGGUAUAGGACUUAAUUUCAUUUUGUUAAGUUUAAUUCAUAGAAAACUUUGACGGGAAAGAAAGGAAAAAAAUAUAAUCUGAAAGUGUGUUGUGCUAAAUAAGCUACACAGUGCUCAAAUUUUCAGCAGCAGGGGUCUUAUGCUAGUUAUGAUUCCUGGAGGUUUGGGAUAGAAUAACGUGUGGAUUUCUAAAUUUGAAAUGGAUUGAAUGUUGACUCUGCCAUAGCAUCCCUUUUGUGCCCUCCUAUUGUUGGUAUAAAAGUUAAAAAUAGAAGACAAUAAAUAAACGUGGCUCUUUGUUUACCCCUUGCAUAUUAUGCGACGGGUUCCAUAAUAAUGUGAAACAAGUCUCAAAACAUACGGAUCUGUCUGAAGAUGUCCUUUCUGGUGGUAAUGCUCAAAGCUCCAUAAGAAACCGAAAUCUCAAAUAUAUGAAUAUUUAAACGGCCAACUCUGCAAAGAACUUUUGGGUAUGUUUGCUAUCAAAAUGAAUGAUCAUGGUUGUAUGAAACAUAAUUGAAAUACAUGUUUUUUUUUAUAUUGGUCUAAUGUGCUUAUUUUGGGUCACCCAGAAUAGAAACACACUUAAUUACUGAAGCAACCAUUUGUGCUGCUCAUUUGUAAUGCAGAUAUAAGUUGCAUUAAGUGACUUAAUAAAAGCUAUCAACACUAGCCUGAACUGCC